AUGGUUUCAGUCUCUGAUAGGAAUAAAAAUUUACCUUUUGGUGGGAAGGUGGUUGUUCUUGGUGGUGAUUUUAGGCAGGUCUUGCCAGUUAUUCUAAAAGGUUCGCGUGCUGAGAUUGUUAUGGCUUCCAUAAAUUCUUCUGUUCUUUGGAAAUAUUGUGAAGUUUUGCGAUUGACAAAAAAUAUGAGGUUAGGAAUCGGGUCUGAACAAUCAACUGCUCAGGAGUUAAGGUUGUUUUCAGAUUGGAUACUUCAAAUCGGUGAAGGUCGAUGUGGAACAGUGGUCAACGAUAAACUUUUUGUUGAUAUUCCUUCUGAUCCAGUGGAAGAUAUUGUAAAUACAAUAUACCUGAAUUUGGUUCAGAAUUUUUGUGAUCCAAGUUUCUUCCAAGAUAGGGCAAUACUCGCUCUGACUGUCGACAAUGUUGAGGAGAUAAACAAUUAUAUAGUUGAUUUGUUGCCCGGUGAGGAGAAAAUUUAUCUCAGUGCUGAUUCGAUAUGUGGUAGUGAUGCCUAUUCUGAUGUUGAUGUUGAUUGGAUAACUGUUGAAUUCUUGAAUCAGAUUAGGUGUUCUGGUCUACCUAAUCAUUCGUUAAAGUUGAAAAUAGGCGUUCCUAUUAUUUUGUUGAGGAAUAUUGAUCCGGCCGGUGGUUUGUGUAAUGGGACUCGACUUGUCGUGCGAGAUCUAGGGACAAAUGUCAUUGGUGCAAAUAUUGUUUCUGGUAGCAAUGUUGGGGACAAAGUUUUUAUCACCAGAAUGAGUAUGAUUCCUAGUGAUACGGUUGCCAGACAAAACAACUAG